UAAUGAUAUUUAAACAUUUUAAGGUAUCUUAACAAUGAUAAUGGUAAGAACUUUACGACGAGAUAUUGCUCGUUAUAAUGCCGAUGAAAGUAUGGACGAUGCAAUAGAAGAAACCGGAUGGAAAUUAGUUCAUGGGGAUGUGUUUAGACCGCCACGUAAUUCACGGUUAUUUGCUGCAGUCAUUGGAUCGGGGAUACAAAUAUUUUUAAUGGCUUUAAUCACUUUAUUUUUUGCAAUGUUAGGAAUGUUAUCUCCUGCAUCAAGAGGAGCGUUAAUGACGGCAGCGAUAUUUCUUUACGUUUUUAUGGGGUUAAUAGCAGGAUAUUUUUCGGCGAGAUUGUACAAGACGAUGAAAGGUCGCGAAUGGAAAAGAGCGGCUUUCUUAACAGCUACUUUUUACCCGGCUAUAAUAGCGGUUACGUGUUUCUUUUUAAACUUUUUCAUUUGGGGUAAAGCGAGUAGUGGAGCUGUUCCAUUUUCAACGAUGAUUUACCUCCUUUCUAUCUGGUUUUGUAUCGCUUUACCGCUAGUUUAUUUGGGAUAUUAUUUUGGAUUUAGAAAACAACCGUUUCAACACCCCGUUCGAACCAAUCAAAUACCGAGACAAGUUCCAGAACAACAUUGGUACUUAAAUCCGUUAUUAUGUACCUUAAUGGCUGGAAUUUUACCAUUUGGAGCAGUUUUCAUCGAAUUAUUCUUUAUUUUUUCGGCAAUUUGGGAGAAUCAAUUUUAUUAUUUGUUCGGUUUUUUAUUUUUGGUGUUUAUUAUUUUGGUUAUUUCAUGCUCACAAAUUUCGAUUGUGAUGGUUUAUUUUCAGUUGUGUGGGGAAGAUUAUCAUUGGUGGUGGCGAAGUUUUGUGGUAUCCGGAGGUUCAGCUAUUUAUAUUCUUCUUUAUUCGAUAUUUUAUUUUAUAACAAAAUUAGAAAUUACCGAGUUCAUACCGACGCUACUUUACGGGAGUUACACUCUCUUAAUGGUGAUCACUUUUUGGUUGUUAACAGGAACGAUAGGUUUCUUCGCCGCUUACGCAUUUGUACAAAAAAUUUAUAGCGCGGUGAAAAUUGAUUAAAUUACGAAAUAAAAAAAUAAACUAAUAAGAAUUAAAAUUGAGAUAACGAUUACAUUUUUUUAAAAUUUAUUUAUUAUGAUUUCUUUUUUAAAUAAUGUAAUCUCACACUUAAGAGGUUUACAAAGAUGUCUUAACUAUAAUUAAAUUUACAAAAUUAAUUCUUAUUGUUGAAAAUUAAUUGAAAACGAUGCCAGUAAGUGGUGGGUUUUAAAAAAAAGGUUAAAAAUUAACACAUACGGUAACUAUUGUAAGAUAUUUUGUACGAAAAAUAACGGGGAAUAUUCUUGUAGUAGAAAUAUUUGUUUAAUGUGUACAUAAAAAUUCUUAGGUUUUUAAUUCAAACAGCCUUUUUUUAAUUAAUAAACAGUGUCCUAAUAUCAAUUUUUCGCAUUUCGUACAAUUUAGAGUUCAUUAAUUUUUUUUAUACAACAUAAUAACUCACAAGAAAGGUGUUAUAACAUAAUUGUAUCUAACCGAUUUCCUUCGUGGUGAUCGUUCGCCAUGCCUCUCUUCUGUCUUCUAUAGUAGUACUCAUCACUUGGGCAACCGACGUCUAUGCCAAAUCCUUUAAUUAGUCUAUAUCUCACCAAUGACCUGUUUCUUGACCUUUUGCCAUUAACAUUCCCCUGUAGCAUUAGCUUUUCCAAGCCGUCCUUCCAUAUUGAUUGAUCAAAAAAUAGUAAUUUCUCACUAUCGCGUAUUUUUAGUUCUUCUACAAUGGAUGCUUUAGCGCGAUAUCAUUUCAGCAAUCCUUCUUUGGCGUGCAGCGUUUAUGGUCCUGGAUCCUGAGCCAUAUGUUCCAAUAGGAAACACUAAAGAUUUAAGAAGUUUUAGUUUUUUUUUGCUGAUACAGUGGUCUUUCCAGAUUUUAACCAGUCUCCCCAAAGCGUCCUUUGUCAUUCCGAUUCUUCUCUUUAUUUCUUAUUUUGAACUAUUCUUUGUUUUUUCCGUUCCUAAAUAGAUAGCAAAUGUGGGUACAUCCAUUCUACUGAAUUUUUCAGAAAGGACAAACAUAAAUUACAGCUUUUAAUAAAAAGUUGAUUUGUUUUUAAUUAUGUGGAUUCUACUACUUGUGAUAGGACUUAACCUCAAGCAAAAUUUGGAACAUUCUUUGCAAGUAAUAAACAUGUCAUUGAUAUGUGAAGUUGGAAUGAAGUCGGUUUUGCAACUAAGAAUUAAUCAGUACAAAGAUUAUCAAACAGUAAACAACAUAACUAACUGCGUUGGUAAAAUUAUUAUGGUAAAAACAUAAUAAUAUUUUAAUAAAACAAUACAAGUUCGAAAUUUUGUAUUUUGAUAUUGGGUUGUGGUAUUUUUUUCGUAAAUGGACUCUUCCGAAACUAUCGCGUAUUAUAUUUUUCUAAUAUUCUAAGCAUUCAAUAUCACGCCAUUUAAAUCCAUAAUGGUUUUUUAGUAUUGUGUCCACAUCUUGGAGCUUCUGAUGUUUAAUCUUCUUCCCUCGUGAUAUCUCUAUUAAUUUUGCGUUUGGAAUUUGCUUUCCUCGUUUCAUCACAUCUUUUGGAACUCCAACUUCUCAAUUAUAAGCAACUUCGCCUUGUAUCAGAAAAUCAUGUUUUUUUGAACUUGUUAAAAUAAAUCGCUUCCAAUUAUAGAGAGGGCAAUCUUUAUCUAAAUUAGUUACAAGUACAUGUUGUUUGAUGUCAAAGUACUAGUCUGGUUUUACCAUUAUUUCUAUCUUGCGAAUUUUUUUUUCGAUUUGUGCAAACACUGUCCGGUAGUAGAAAUGCCCCACCAUAGGGAACCACUUCCACUCUUUUUAAAGUAUUUGGAGCUUUCAAAGCGUACCAGUAGAUUAGCACCCCCAGCAAAACAGUAUUUUUAUUUUGGCCUCCGUAUCCAUCCGCAACACGACGCAAAGUGAAGGCAUUAGACAAAUCCAGUUUGUUUAGGAAGAUACUUCAUCAGAUUCUUUUGAGUACUCUUGUUCUGCCCAUACAUAGGAAAAUGCAUUGUUUUUUAAUGGAUCUUUGGAAGUGGCCUUCACGAUGGUGAACUUAUACAUGUAAAGCUGUCUUUUGUAAUACAGAAUUUGAUCUGGAACCCUGAGAAUUCUAAAAUUUAACUAGAUUAUCUUUCUUUUCUCUUAAAAUGUCAUAAAAUGCCUUAUAUUUCAUUUGGUGAAGUUUCUUUUCACAAUUUAAUGUAUUUAAAAUUGUUUUCAUCUUACUUGGUUUUUAAUUUUUCUGUUAAUUCAAGGCACUUUCAGCAUACAUCAGUACAAGGUGUACCAAAACCUAUGUUGAAUCUUGUGUUAAAUAUUUUUCUAAAAUAAGCAAACAGUGCUUAAAUAAACACGUACAGAGGACUUCGAUUGACAAUAGUGUGAUUCGAUGCAGUGAAAUGUUUUAAUGAAGUUUAUAGUCGAGGUCUUUUUAUCUUCAUAUAAUUUUGUAUGGCGAUCUCCACCACGAUGUUCUUUUGGAAGAACUCCGGUAGAAAGAAACCUUUGGGCAACACCCUUUUUUAGAUUUAAUAUUUCGAAAAAUGUAUUUUUACAAACACGUACUGUUUUGGAGUGCAUUUUGACAAACUAUUUUAAAGUAGUUAUAGGAUUUUCACGAACAGCGCUAACAUCUUUUUACAGCAACACUCGAAAUAUAUUUUAAAAUAAAUCCGCCCUGCUCAGAUUUUGUUGUAUAUGCAUAAAAAUCAUCAUGAAAUUGUUUUACUUCGAUGUCGAUCAGUUCCGAACAUUUAUAACUUAUUCUUUGUGCUAUAUCUACAUUUAGGAAUUACAGGCCCCAAAGUCGGCAUAUAUCUGUGACAAAACAAAGUAACAAGGUACUAUUAAAGAUCAACUAAGAAUAAUACUAAUUAAGUUAUAACUAUAAUUUUUUUGGGGAACUUCUUUGGCACUUUUCUCCAUUUUUAUGCUAUUUUCAAUAAACAAUAGCAACACUUAAUUAUUUUAACAGCCACAACGAGCAAUCAGCUGUCCCUGCCGAAAAUCAAGAUAUCACGCGAUACAGAGCAUGCGCAAAGCCAAAUUAUGGAUGUGCUUGUUUUUGCAACAAACUCAGUCAUGGAUGUAGCCGUCUUUGCAACAUACUAUCAUAUUCAAAUGCACUUCCAAGUAGGAUGUAGCAGUUUUUGAACGAACUAAGAAUAAUACUAUUUAAGUUGUAACUAUAAUUUUUUUCUUGGCUUCUUUUCCAUUCGCUAGGAUUAUUAACUUUUUUCCGUGCUUUGCACUUCUUCGGCACUUUUCUCCAUUUUUAUACUAUUUUCAAUAAACAAUAGAAACACUUAAUUAUUUUAACAGCCACAACGAGCAAUCAGCUGUCCCUGCCGAAAAUCAAGAUAUCACGCGAUACAGAGCAUACGCAAAGCCAAAUUAUGGAUGUGCUUGUUUUUGCAACAAAUUCAGUCAUGGAUGUAGCCGUCUUUGCAAUAUCCUAACAUAUUGAAAUGCACUUCCAAGUGGGAUGUAGCAGUUUUUGAACGAACUGACUUUACCAUAUCACGAAGCAUGCUUUACACUGUACUUUUCCACUGUUAGUAGAAUUUUAAUAAAAUAUGAAUGUAGCCGCUUUUGCAAAUAGACGCUUCAUAUCAUCCUUAACCCCUAUGUUAUGGAUUGGCUGUAAUGAUCGAGAUACCAUACCUGCCCGGUCUAUAAUCAUCAAGUGGCUUAGAUCUAUUCAAUAGCAGUCCACAUACCAGGCUUAUUUGCUCGACAGUAUCAUCUGCGUAUCGAAAGUUCGAGAUCUUUUUCUGUCCUAUAGAUAUUCCACCCUUCCAAUUUAUAUUAUUAUAGUUAUGAAUAAUUUUAUAGUUACUGCAUCCUCAGUGGCCAUGAGAUUCUCGAAAUACCGAUGCCAUCUUUCAUUAGUCUGACCCCGGUGGAAUCUUUAAUUGGAAGAUAAUAGGGUUUAAAGGUUUUUGAAAGCAUCUUAGAUAGAUCCUAGGUCUUCGUUCUCUUGUAAUCGUUGAUUUUAAGUUUGUUUCACUUGGAGAUCCUUGGUUAUCCAUUAUUUCAUUGGUUGGUUUUUUUCAAGGUUUACGUCAUUGAGUUCAAUAACGUUUCAUUUCUGUACAAAGUUCAUUAGAAUUCAUUUGGAAAGAAUCAAUUCUUUCGUGCGAUAUUUGGUCAAGAUUAUCUUUAAGUGUACAUUGAAAAGCUGCAUUUUUACUAUUAUAUCACAGGUUAGCUUUUGGAGGGCAGAAUUUAUUUCUCUGUAGUUUGAGAUAGAUUUCUGCGACUGAAGAGAUUAUGGUCACUUCCACAGUAGACGGAAAAAGGGAAAUCACAUUUUUACGCUUACUUUUAACAUUUUCAAAUUACCUAUUUCCAAACGUACUAGUGCAAAUUCUUUUGUUUCACAACCAAAAAAAAAUAUUCAAACAUUAUCUAAAUGCACAAAUAUCUUCCAAUCGCGUAUUGCCUUCAAAAUUUCAGAAUCCUUCAAAAACCAAGCUCCCUAAUAUGUUUUGUACAACCAAUGUGUGAUGGCUAACAUUAAAUGUUCUUGGUGAGCAAAAAAAAAACAAUUUCUUAAGAUCACAGGAUCAACAAUAUUAUGUAAAUCAUGAAGCUUUGGUCUAUUUAUGAAACAUUUACUUGUUUUAAUAUGACAUUGUAACAUUUCAAAAUAAAUACAACUAUUUCUUCAAGUUCAGGAGUGGGACUUCAAAUUCAGCAGCUGUUGUGCAAGCGGAAGAUCUUGAGAGAAGAGAUCUAGAAACCUUUUUUUUUAUGAAUAACUGUUAGUUUUUGGAGGAGUUGAGUAGAGCUAUUACAUUUAAAUAUUGACAAGCUGAGUUAUAU